GCCUGUAUGAUUUAGCUAAGAUUAUUUCCAUGGACUGCUUGACACGCCAUUGACCAUUGAGACACAAUAUCAACAUAGUCACGUAUCAACUCGACAUGGCUUCAUCAAGUUGGCGAUUGCUGAAAGGCAAAACGGCGUGCAUCACGGGAGGCACAACUGGAAUUGGCCGUGCGAUAACACUCGAAUACUUGAGACACGGCGCCAAUGUGGUAGUCAACCACCUCGGCCUUCCCAGCGACGAAAAACACAGACUCAGCCUCAUCGAAGAAGCGGAAAAGAUCAGAAAAGAUGGUCCCAAAGAUUCACCGACAGGCGAGUUGAUUGAGCUUGCAGGCGAUGUGACAGAUCCGAAUACGGGAAAGGGUCUCGUUGCUGCAGCAGUCAAGAAAUGGGGUGGACUGGAUGUCUUCAUCGCGAACGCCGGGAUUUUCAAGCCAGCUGAGUUUCUCACACUCGAAAAGGAAGUCUUCGAUAAAACGCUACAUGUCAACGUCAAUGGCGCAUUCUACUCGUGCCAGGCUGCGGCAAACCAGAUGGUCAAACAAGGUCGCGGAGGAUCAAUCAUUGGUAUCUCAUCAAUCAGCGCUCUUCAAGGCGGUGGUCUACAGACUCACUACACGCCGACAAAGGCAGCCGUUCUGUCAAUGAUCCAAUCAAUGGCAGUAGCGCUUGCAAAGCACCGCAUCAGAUGCAACGCUCUGCUCCCGGGCACUAUCCAUACACAAUUGGCGGAGGAAGACAUGCAAAACGAGACGAAGCGCAAUUACCUUGAACAACGUAUUCCAAUGGGCGUGGGCAAGCCUCAUGACUUGGCUGGACCGGCGGUUUUCUUGGGUUGUGAGCAACUGAGUGGAUUCAUGACGGGAUCCCAGAUGUUGGUGGAUGGCGGUAUGUACGCUCACUUGCAGUUACCCCGCACGGGAUCAUGCCCCGUGCGCAAUUCUCCAACCAGUCGCGACUCUUCGCAACUCCAAGUGUUCCCUGUCGCUUCCACCUUCCUCAUAGCACGAUACGACACGACACCACCUGUCGUGGCCCAAAAUCCUCUGAUAGUGGCCACACACCAAAUCCAUUUCACAUCUACACAAUACUUUUCAAGCUUCAAUGGCAUAAAUAUCAUCAAGAUGGGCGCUGAUGAUGAGGAAACUCAACGCUACUUCACCCGGGGUCGCCUCAGUCGUGGUCACGGCCUCAGAAAUAGCACCGGCUGUGCAACAUGCCGCCGACGUCAUGUCAAAUGUGACGAGAGAAAACCUAUCUGUGGUGGAUGUGAAAGAACCAAGCACAAUUGUCUCUACACACCAAGGCGACCACCAAACAGGAAACGAUCCGGCCCUGUCGUCUCAGUCACCCCGAACAGUGGUACCCCGAAGUCCACGACUCCGCGAGAGCCUCAAUCACCUCGAUCUCCCAGUCCGCCUGUCAUCUGCGAUGAUGAGCCGGCUCCUCUACCAGCAGUCACACUUGGAGAGACACAUCCACCAAGCACAGCAAGCGCUACCACUAUAGCACCAUCCAAUGACGAAGGCAUAGAUACUUCACAUGAUAUCAGUACUGGCGAUAGACCAGCUUUCGAGCAAGAUUCUCCGGAACAAGUCGAUGCGUUAUGCACAGGCAUCAUACCACGAGGCACAGCACAAACCUCCAGUUCGUUCGGGACAAACCUGGAGAACGCCACGGCCAUUUGGGUCGACCUGCUUCUUCAAGAUGCGGCCAUGCAAGAAAUCGAUUUCACCAAUGUCAACUUUGAAGAAGGCGUCGAUCUCUUUGCAAGCUCGGUCGUACAAUCGCCUGCCGUGGGGCGGGGUCUACCAAAGGCCAGUGGAGAAGGCCUCAGUCCUACGCCAUGCGCGUCCCAUCCCUACUUGCAUGAGAGAUCUCCGACGCUCGACGAAUACCAGUGCCUCGAGAAACAGGCUUGGCGGUCAGCAACACCUCUGCCAAUCCAGUCGCAGGAACAUGUCAUCUUCCAAAACUUUGUGCAACACAUUAGUAGAUGGAUGGACCUAUUUGAGCCUAGACGGCCUUUUGGCACGCUUGUUCCUCAACUCGCAAUGCACAAUGUUGGGCUACUCAAUGCCGUCCUCGCCCUAUCUUCACGUCACCUCUCUCUAAGCACAUACCCAGCCGGCACACAGACUCGAGACCCAAACGAUGCCCUACGAUACUACUACAAGACCCUUCACUACAUCCAAGAGGCUAUGCAAUACGAUACAUACAAAACGAGCCUCGAACUUCUCGCGACCAGCGUCACUGUAUCAGCAUACGAGAUGCUUGAUGGCUCCAGACAAGACUGGGAGAGACAUUUAAAAGGAGUGUUCUGGAUCCAACGCUCACAAGUCAUACAUGGCGAUUCCAUGGGCUUGAAGCAAGCUGUUUGGUGGGCAUGGUUAUGUCAGGAUGUCUGGGCCGCCUUUCGCGAGAAGCGUCGUCCUUUCACAUUCUGGCGUCCACUGAAAGCAUUAGACGAUCUGGGCCCGUCUGAGUUGGCUGCGCGGUCAGUCUACUUCUUCGCUCAGGUGAUCGCAUUCUGCUCGCAUGAAGAGACCGAAGCGGGAAAAAAUGACCCUCACGCGAGAAUCGCGGCGGCCGACGCAUUAAGAGAAAUGCUGGAAAAUUGGAGGCGGCACCUGACGGCCGAGUUCCAACCACUCCCAUUCCCAAGUUCUCCUGAUGACAUCUUUGAGCCGAUCUGGAUCAAUCCUCCGGCGUUUGCGGUAGCUUUCCAGAUCUACUACUGUUCCCAUAUCCUGCUUCUUAUGAACGUGCCUGUUCUGGGCGGCCUUGAGCAGUACACCCAGCAGCGGAAGCGUCUGAUGGAAUGCGUCAAAAAGGUUUGCGGUAUCGGCAUGACACUGUCAGACUAUCCGUCAAGCGUUUUGUGCUCUCAGUGUCUAUUUAUCGCCGGCAUACCGCUUGAGAAUAGCCGAGAACGGAAGUGCGUUCUCGAUCUGCUAGAGGCCUGUCACAAUCGAUCAGGCUGGCCUGUGAAGCCACUCGGCGAGGAGCUGAAGCUCUGAUGGGAAGCUUCCGACGCCUAAUAAUACCCAGAACCAACUUCCAUUCAUGACUGUCCAGCUGAUCCACAAAUCUCCAUCCACUCCUUUGUCUGCCGGAUGACAUUGCUUGUACCCUCCUCGAUAAGCGUAGUAUGCGGCAGCCGCGUGACCUGGGACCGGAGAUGGGUGUAAUAGUCGUCCAGAACAAGCCUGCUGACGUUUAUCUUUGUCGCCCCCGCAGCGAUGCACUGCUUCAUCAAAUCUGGUGGGAAUUCGUUGGUGCCGUGCAGAGCCACCCUGACUCUGCCGGCAAUCUGGGUGCGUAUCUUCUCGAAGCUGCAAAAGCAUUAUCAGUAUCCCUGUCGACGGGGCACUUUAUCAAGAAACAUUGCUGCACUCCGGGC